AUGUUGGAAGCUCACGAAGUUGGGAGCGUGCAGCCGCUGAGAGACACGGCGAUGGAGGAUGAAGAUGGAGGCAGAGACGGGAAGAAGGACAGGAAGAAGGAGAAGAAGAAGAAAGACAAUGAGAACAAGUCAAAGAAGCGCAAGUGCAAGCGGGAGGUGCCUUCAGACGAUUCAUCGCGAGGCAAGGACAAGAGGAGGAGGAGAAGCGAGGAGGAAGCAAGUGGAGCUUCCUCCAGGAAACAGCAGAAGCGAGCUCGCAAGUUCUUGGAUGCUGUCGGUGGAGGGUACCUGCUACGAGUCGAAAAGAUGCUGAGCAAGCGGAAAGAGCUCUUGUCCUCCCUGGAUGAGAAGACAGGGCAGACUCCUUUGCAGCUCUCCUGUGAGCACGGUCACUUCCAGAUAUCUCUCCUCCUCCUCCGGCGGUGCUGCGACGUGAACGGGCAGGACGCGCAGGGGAACACAGCGCUGCAUCUUGCUGUGCGGGGGAGGCACUGGGAUCUCGUCAGGCUCCUGACCGAGCGAGGAGCGAAGGUCUGCCGGAACCAUGACGGGAAGACGCCUGAGGACUGGGGCAUGUCAGAUGGCCUCUCAUCGCUGGACGAGCAUCUGAGGAGGAAACAGGAGAAGGCUGAGGCCCUGAGGUGUCGACGAGAUGAUCUGGGAGAGAUUGAGCAGGGAAGCGGAGAGGGCAUGGCAGCAGAAGCUGCAGGACGAGUAGGUUGGAAGAGACUGCACUUCGAGCAUCUUGAGGGCUGGGAAGGAGGAGUGGGUCAGGACACGUUCAGAUGUGACGAGUGGGAAUGGCUGGAGGACGAGGCUUCAUCGGAUGGAGACUGGUGGGAGCAGCUUGGCAAGGAAAUGCAUGCUCGACACGCCAAAUAUUCUUCCUUCUUCUCUGCCAGCGAUCAGGGCCAACAGAAGGCGCACAAGCCUCCGCCCUCGAGCUCAAGCACUCCCUACUCCUCGUCCAACUACCGCGACCGGAUGGCCUGGGAGCGAGAGCAGGCGAAGGCUGCGCAUUCCCUGAGCCAGGACACAACGAUGGAGCGGAUGAAGCGAAUGUCGCAGCAUGCUGAAGACUGGGAGAAGUUCCUCCAGCUGGCGAAGACCUGCCAGCAGACCUCCAGGAGGAUCCUGCUGAAAGACGUUCCCUUCCCCCACGUCCCUCCCGGAGGAGAUAUCGCACUAGAAGCCCUCAUGCUCCCUCCUCAUCAGGAGGGCGGAAGCGACGAUGGAGCACUGAGGUGCGGCAGGUGGCAUCCCGACAAGUUCGCGCAGAAGUUUGGAAAGCUAAUAGAGCCAGCGGAGCACGACGAGAUUAUCGGGAAAGUUGUUUCUCUUUCGCAGGCUUUGACGCAACUGUUGUGA